GGAAUGUGGAUGUUGCUAUUGCGGACAGUGGAUGGCUCGAAGAGGAAGGAAGUGUGGUUCAUUGUGAAUGGUGUUCCCAUCCGCUAUGGCCUGAGAGAACACGCUUUGAUCUCAGGUCUUAGCUGCCGCAACUAUCCACUUGGGUAUAAGGAGUUUGGUGAUAGAAAGUUCGUGAAGCGCCAUUUUAAGAAGGGAGAAUCAAUAAGGCUUGAGGAUGUCAAAGCGAAGCUGUUGGCUAUGGGAGAACACAGAGACCGGCUGAAGAUGAUGGUUUUGUUCUUUUUAGGAAGUGUUAUCUGUGCGCAAACGAAAGUAGGAAAAGGCGCCAAAGAUGUUUUGGAAUUCUUCCAAAGAGCUGUGGACGAUCUCGAGUUCUGCGAAAACUUUCCAUGGGGGAGGUACUCGUUUGAUUACAUGGUUAAGGAGAUAUCGCACACCAUGGAUCAUUUUGGAGGUCGGGUUAGAGAGAAGACUUUAUGGCCACUUCCAGGUUUCUGUCUGCCACUGGAGUUGCUUGCUUUUGAGGCAAUUCCCAAGUUUGGAUUGAAGUUCAGACAAGAGGUUGAAGACGUCGAUAUAGACUGUCCUCGGAUGUGCAGAUCAGUCUUUAAAUCAGCAGGGAUGAAAGGGUUCUCACUUUCAAAAUUGAAUCGGGAACUGGACAAAAUAACGGUAUGUUUCUUCUGCUACAAUCUUGAAAAUGUUGUAAUGUUUCUUGUGCUACAAACUUUGAAAAUGUUGUAGCAUUAUACUAACAUG